AAUGUACAAGUUUGUGUAUCUAAGCUGAGCUUUUGUAGCACUGUCAUCACCAGAAAAGAUUGUACUUUGACCAGUUUACUUUAAAGGGACCUUGUGUAAAAGACAAACCUGAGUCAGUGUUUGUCCUUCCUUCAAAUGUGAAUCAAACAAGUUGUCCAUCUCUGAUUGGAUGAAGGGCAGGGUCUUCACUAGAUCGCUGUAGUACAUAGAGCCCUCCCUGACAGUGGAAUGAUCACAGCUAGUAGACUGCAGGGUUCUCUCAGCAGGUACAAAGGAAAGUCCACAGAGGCUGGCUGAAAUCUGGAAAGUCAUGGUCACACAUGUGUGAGAGCGUAUUUGCCACCGCUCAUGGGAAUUGGAAUCUAAAUGGGACCUAAAGGAAGAAUUUCAAAAGCUCUGAAACUGAAGUGAGAUUGGAUAAGAUACUGCUCCGUGGCCUUCAGUAGUCAACUGAUUAAACUUGUGUAACAGUGCUCUGCUGUGUAGUGAGCCAGUUGCACCAGAAGGAAACCAUUCAAACAGUCCACAGGGUUAAAAAAACCCCAGCCGACUCUCAGAGAGGUGAAAGAUCAACGUGCACGAUGCCUUGUGAUUUUUUCCCACCGCCACUGCCCCUGCUGCUGCUCCUCUCUGUGUUUGGGGCUUCCCGCGCCUGCCUGCAGGACCCCACUUCGGCCUACAGAUUCACCGGAGCUGUGUGUCGCCUCACCUACCCUGCAGCUGUUGUGUUGAAUGAGAAAACAACUAAAGUGAUUGAGGCAGCGUUCCAACAUGCCAGAUAUCCAGGUUUGAAGGGAGAGAAAUCCCUGCUCUUUGUAGGCAAAGUCAUAUAUGGCCUGGACAAUUUGGAGAUUCACAACCUGUCGAUUGGUCGGAGUGAAUUUGAACUGCGUCCAGGAGAAGGCAUCGGCAUGGAAAUAAGCAACGUGUCCGCUGUCUUUAAAGGGACCAUCCAGUAUGGAUACGGCAGCUGGCUCGUCUCCCUUACACAGUCAAUUGACUUUGAAAUUGAGUCUCAGAUUGAUCUUGGAAUCAACCCCAGACUUUACUGCGGAAAAGGAAAGGUAGCGGCAGACACGUCAGACUGCUAUCUGAAUUUUCACAAGCUCCGUCUGCAUCUGCAGGGCGACAAAGAACCGAACUGGCUGAAGAAGCUUUUCACCGACUUCAUCAUCUUCACCGUCAAACUGGCCAUAAAGGGACAGAUUUGUAAGGAGAUCAACAAGGCGGCAAACGUACUGGCUGACUUCAUACAAGACACAGCAGAGCAGUUCCUCAGUGAUGGAGACAUCAGGGUGGACAUCAGUGUAGCUGCUGCUCCUGUAAUCACUGCUAACUACAUAGAAUCAUACCACAAGGGGCUGACCAACUACAACGACACUUUCUCUGUCAUCACUGACUCUGGUUUCCACCCCAGUCACCUGACGGAGAACAAAAUGCUCUACUUCUGGAUGUCAGACCAGGUCUUUAACCCCUUGCUGACUGCAGUCCACAAAGACGGCCGUUUGCAACUCAAUAUCUCCGGAGCAGACCUCGCUGAACUUUUCAAGACAAAUCUCUCCAGUGCAAUGCCUGAUUUCUUUAGAAAGUGUCUGGAAUCAGGUUUUCCAGAACUAAGGGUCUGGAGCUCAUCUGCUCCCCACCUAAACACCUCCACCUCAGGUACGGCCGUCUCGGCGAAGGCCUCUGGGCAGCUGCACUGCGGGGGUCAAGGCACACCAACGCUCUUGUUUCAAACGGAUGUGGCCAUGGAUGUCACAGCUUCCUAUGCUGACAAGAAACUCUUUCUGCACAGUAACACAUCAAAGAUUGAUGUAUUCCAAGCUAAGCUGCCCUUACAAGACCAACCGCUAGAUGAGACCCAACUGGAGUUCAUAAGAGAAGCUGUGGAGAAGAUCGGCAUUCCCAAGGUCUUGUCUGUUCUUGAGAUUGAGGUAACUAGGGUGUUGGACAAACAAGGAACAAACUUAUUUGACAUCUUCAACCCAGAGGUGCUUCCUCAGAACGGCUUUACGGUGAUUCAGAUGGAUUUUGGUUUUCCUCAUCAUCUACUGGUUGAGUUCCUCCAGAAGACACUUCAGUAACUGGGCAACCCUUACACACUGAGACAGUGUGUUUACUGACUUGCCUAAAAGGGUUGCUCGUAUAGAAAAUGUACCCUUUACAGUGAUUAUCGACAUGUAUAAGACACCACAUUUGAAAAAGGUGAAGAACUUUGUGUUUACUUUUAAAUGUGUAGAAUGUAGAAUGAUAUAUGUAAAGAAAUCCCAAACUAAGAAGUUUUAUAUUUGUACAAUACAUUGGAGUUAAUUAUCAGAUCACCAAAACUUUUUAGUUUUUUCUUUCUUUGUCUCUUUGUGGGGUUUCAGAGGGCAUGUAAUUAAAAUACAAGCGGCACUAUUGGCUAAGGCAGGUUUUCUGUCUCGAUAUUUUAAACAUUCAUCAUUUUAACUGUUGUAAAUGUCAAUCAGAUAAUUUCAAUUUAUUUAGAUAUAGUGCCAGUUCAUAACAGAAGUUAUCUCAUUGGACUUUUCAUAUAGAUAGGUCUAGACAGUGCUCUUUUUAAUUAUCUACAGAAGCCCAACUACUCCCACUAUGAGCAAGUACAUGCCGACAUUGGCAAGGAAAACCUAGACUCAGGCGGCCAUCAGACUCAAUCGGUUGGGGGGAGGGAGAGAGAGAGAGAGAGAGAGAAAACAAAGCCAAAGGCAAAAUCCAUAUAGAAACGUAAAACAAUAGUAAUGGUGGUAGUGGACAUCUAUGAAUAUGAAUAAUAGUGCUAAUAAUGAUAGAAAUAUUAAUAAUAAGAAGAACAGUCAGCGGGUGUCGAGCAGGAAAAUAGGGGCCGUAGGCGACUUGCAACCACAGAUCCAGACCCCACAGCUCUGGAGGCUGAAACACCUACAGAAAGUGAUAGAAGGAGAGAGGAGAGGGACGAGACAGUAUAAAAGUACGAGAGAGGAAAGUAGUCGAGUUAGUAACAUGCAUUAGUGUGAUAAGAUCCUCCAGAUGGAGAUUUCACAGUCUUGUACUUUUUUAUACCGUUUUACAACAAACUGCAACUCUCUUGACUUGCAAAAUGUUCUUGUAAAUUGACCAACAUUAUGUGUGUAUUUCAGGGCACAAUUAAAACAAUUGCUGUCUCUUGC